AUGUAUGUCUGCCUACUGAUCGAUAAGAGGUCUGUGAUGGAGAGGACGCCGCCCGUUGAGCAGGAAGAUCGGGGAGAAGUGGCAAACAUGGAAGCUGCUCACCUUGCAUCAGGCCAUGACCUGCCGCAAGGCCUUGCGGAGGACUCGAUGUCGUGGCGCUGGUCCCGCCACCGCCAGUGCAUGGAGAUCCUCGUGCGACAAGACUGCGAGCAAAAGUGCCGUAAAGAGCAUCUCGAAGAACUGAAGCACAAGCUGCGCGAGGAGACUCAGCGCAGGAUCGAAGCGGAGGCCAAAGUAACACGCCUCCUGGACAUAAUCCAUUCUAUCACUCGUGGGACGAGGGUCGCAAGGCUCUCAGUCAGGAGCCAGGUCUUGAAGGAGAACGCAGAGAAGCUGGUAGAGGAGAAGAACGAGUUGAAGCGCCGUUACGACAAGCUCCUGACUCACAGCAAGCGCUUGGAUGAGGAGAAAACGAGCUUGAAACAGAAGUGUGAUGACCAGUUUAAGCAGCUGCAGAAACUUCACCUGGAGCGCCUGGCGGAGGGCCUUAAGGAAAUGCUCCGGCUCCAAGGAAUGGAAGAAGAGGAGUGGAUGCAGGAGACUGCAACUGGCUCCUCCCGAGCAGAG